UUUCUCUCUCUUCUCGGUUCUCACCAUCUCCGAUUGAAGGUGUAACUUGUGUCUGUCUGUCUAUCUGUCUAUCUACUGCACACCCACCCAACCAGCACAUACCCAAUCAUCAUCCCACGUCUCUGUUCCUGAAUCAAUUCGCAUUGCUACCCUCCAAUGCCAAUUCCACCGCUCCAAUGAACCCGAAUCCACCCCCCGCAUUGUCUUCAACCGCCACAGCAGCAGCAGCACCAACAACAACAACAACAACAACAACAACAACAACAACAACAACAACACCACCAACACCAUCAACAACCACCACCUCCACCACCACCGCAACAGCAACUAAUACCCACACCCCCCUCCGCUACGUCCGCUACGAUGGCGCCCGCGAAGACGAAUAUGUCCCGGCCAUGCGCCAACUAAUCUCCAAAGACCUCUCGGAGCCCUACAGCAUCUACGUCUACCGCUACUUCCUCUACCAAUGGGGUGACCUAUGCUUCAUGGCCAUGGACGACUCCGCCUCUUCCUCCCCCGCAUCCGAAACAACACCAUCCUCAUCACCGCCGCCGCCGCCGCCGCAGCAGCAACCGCGCAUGGUCGGCGUCGUCGUCUCGAAACUCGAACCCCACCGCGGCGGACCUCUGCGCGGCUACAUCGCCAUGCUAGCCGUGAAGGAGGAGUACCGAGGCCGGGGCAUCGCCACCAAGCUAGCUCGGAUGGCGAUUGAUGCGAUGAUUGAGCGGGAUGCGGACGAGAUCGUUCUCGAAACCGAAAUCACCAACACAGCCGCCAUCAAGCUCUACGAACGGCUGGGAUUCCUGCGCAGCAAGCGGCUCCAUCGGUAUUAUCUGAACGGGAACUCGGCCUAUCGGCUGGUGUUAUAUCUCAAGGAAGGCGUGGGGUCGAUGCGCACCACGCUCGAUCCUUAUGGGGCUGGGGCUGGGGCUCCGGCUCCGGCGCCGCCGUAUCCCCUUCCUCUGCCCGGCGGUGGUGGUGACGCACAACGAGGGGGAGGGGCGGAGAUGACGGGGGCGCUGGCGGCGCCGGAACCGGCCCUGCUGCAUGAGAAUGGCAGUGGGGGGUGGUAGGUGGCCACCUGGCCAGGGCGAAGAAGUGGACACAGACAGUAUUCAAAGGAGCCUACUCCAAAGACACGAUUGCUCCCUCCCUCACAUGUCUAUCCUUUUCCAUCGAGGGCCGAGCUGGGCGGGAUAUAUUAGACCACAGUCGUUCCCCAUACUUUCAUACCGACUGCACCCUCCCUUUACCCAAAUGACCUACUAAUGAUUAUGUGUAUGCAUGUGAUGAAAAUGAUUGAUGUUUCUUUGCUUGGAACUUGGUGACGUUGGAGGGGGGGUGGGUGGGGUGGC